AUGAGUACCGCAAGCUUAGAUAAUUUUUUUUUCAAACCUAAAAAAUAUUUUUCUAGCCUACUCGACGUGAAGGCGAUGUCCGUCUGGCAGAAGAGAUCAAGUGCGGUGAAGACUGUCAAAGCGGAACUUGCGUCGAAAAAAACCAGCAGAAGCUUUGCCGAGCAGGUAGUUUCAUCUAUGAAAGCCUUUUUCGGAUUAUAUGCUGUCAUUUUCCCUUUUUUGAUAGGUUUUUAAAAUAGGUAAUAAGGGCGAAUUUCUUGAGAUCAAAAUUUCGAGUAUACUUAACUUCUCGGGCAUGUGAGAGAGUUUUCUUUCUUAAAAAAGAAGAAGCUUUCAACUAGUCUUAUACUAUUCUCCAUUAGAAACUCCCACGGUUCUCAAAACAUCAAAGAACUUUCUUCGUUUGUUUUCUUCCCACUCGAUAGGAAACGCUACUUUAAAAGAUUUUAAACUCUGGUUUUGGUAGGUUCAAAAAUUCAAAAGUUUUCAAAAGUUCGUUCUUGUACCUUUGAAUGGAAGAACUUCCCUUUGUGCUCAGAAAUUCGAAAAUGAGAAAAAAAAUUUCAAUUUCCUUCUUUCUCCUGUCAAGUUCUGACUCCAGACAAUUAUCUAAAAAGCAGUCUUUUUUGAGCUUGUCUCCUUAACUAUUCCAAGUCCGUAAAAUAAGUAUGAGUCUUCUCCAGACCUCUUAAUCAAAUGAAAGUUUUUCUUCUUUUUAUUUUGAUUUCAUUUCGGGAUGACCGCUGAGAAAAUUUUCAUGUGUCAAACAUCAUUUGAUCUCUUGGCGCUCGUGAUUAAUGCAAAGCGUGCGAAUUUCCGCAUUUACGGUGAAGGAAAAUAGGCGAGUCUCUGAUGAAAUAUUCAGGCUUGCUUUUGGAGAAAUCACAUUGGAAUUGGUUGGGUCACGAACAGUCAUUCUUUAUUUUGUUUUUAUUCCAACGAAUUCCUUAAUAAAGCAAAAAGACUUCGAUACAGAUCGCACCUACAAAUCGAUGCACGUCGACGAGGAUUCCGAUUUCGGAUAUCUCAAUCGCGGUUUCAGCUCGUUAGUUUCUGUUUUUUUUUUCUGAUUUUUCAAAAUAAUGCUAAGUGAAAGGAAGUCGAAUUCAGGGGACAACAGUCGAAUAAGUCUGACUUUUCGUUCGAAGUUCGAACGUUGAGUAGAGCAGGUGCUUACGAUUUCCUUGUUUUGAUAACUAUAUAAAGAAUUGAUCAGGUAUAAUCUGGUACGAAGGAAGCUGGAAAGAGAAACGAGAUGGGGAUUUCCUGGCGGUUUUCCUGGUGGAAGGCGUCCUGCAUCUGGCCAUCAACCUCGGCAACGACGGACAGCUCAAAGCCGUCUCCACCAACAGGACGAUCAGCGACGACCGAUGGCAUUCUGUUCAGUUGACAAGGUACCUUCUCACGAAAAAUUAACUUGAAAGGAAAAUUAUUCAAUUCAUUGCGACUGAGGUAUCGAUCGCUAUUGAAGGUUUGGCUGUUGUUUUUUCACGAAGAAUGUUGCAGAAAAGAGAGGAGAGUGGAGGUUACAGUGGACGGGAAACGCGUCAUCACUGUCGUCACGUCUCCAGGCUCAACUUUCCUUGACACGAAUGGACUCGUGUACUUGGGUUGGUUUUUCCUUCCUAUCUCGCCCCAGGAUGGGAUAUAAAAUAUCUAGAGGUCCUGCCCUCUCAAAUGUCUUGAAGAGCUAUUCAAGCACGUUUGGAGUGAAGAGCUCUCGUUGCAGGAGGUCGGAAUGCAGCGAAAGUCCGGCAACUGGCGAGACUUGGUCUCACACAGAAGUUCGUCGGCUGCAUUCGCAACAUCGAAAUCCACUCGAAAAGAAUCAAUCCCUUCACAGACACGAUCUCCGAUAAGACCCCUCAAAACUGUAUACACUAA